AUUAUUUAAUUGUAAUUCCAGGGCUGUUUGAUCCUGAGUGAUGAGUUAAACCAUGCCUCUCUGGUGCUGGGCGCUCGGCUGUCUGGAUCCAUCAUCAGAGUCUUCAAGCACAACAAUAUGGUGAGUCUAGAGAAGCUAUUGACAGACGCCAUCGUCCACGGCCAGCCCAGAACACGCAGGCCCUGGAAGAAGAUCCUCAUACUGGUCGAAGGAAUAUACAGUAUGGAGGGAUCCAUCGUGCGUCUGCCUGAGGUGAUAGCCCUGAAGAAGCGCUACAAGGCCUUUCUCUACCUGGACGAGGCCCACAGCAUCGGGGCACUAGGACCUCGUGGUGGAGGGGUGGUCGACUACUUUGCUCUGGACCCCAAAGAUGUUGACAUCAUGAUGGGAACGUUCACUAAGAGCUUUGGUGCUGCUGGAGGGUAUAUCGGAGGAAAGAAGGUGAGCCGGCUGUCUCCAAAGGCAGAAACCUGAGUUCCAGCUUUUUUCCUUGUGUUCCCAUUCCGAUAAGUGAAUGAAUACUAGACUAGGAAGUAUGGCUAAGCAACGCCAAAAGAUCUGCGAUUAGGAGAAAUGCUCUUGACGGGGUGCCAAGACCUCUGAA